GACUGCCGAUUAGUAAGGCGAGGGCAGCGGUGGGAGGAGCGAGUAAGAGAGAGAACGAGAGCGAGAAAGAGAAAGAGAGAGACAGAGUGAGCCGAGCGGUCCUUUUUGUGUUCUUGGCCAUUUUCAACCACAUGGCUCUGCUUAUUAUUUGAACGUAUUUUUCGCUUCUGUCCGAGACGAAACGAUCAGACGUAACUGCGUGUCAUUUAGAGAUGUUCAGCGUUGGAGCGGGUAGGGGAGAACUUGUCGAAACAGCCGAAGGGAAAUAUUCGAAAUACGCGACGUGUCGCGGUUAGGACAUCCGGAUAUAACUGGAUCCAGGUGGCUCGGGCCUUGUCCAAUAUUGUUUCAAAAGCGUAAUUCACCCGUCGGGCUUUUUUUAAUAUAAUUUCUUUUUUAAAAGACGGGAUCACCCGGAAUAAAAGGCUUUUUCCCCGUGUUCGUUUUCUUCUGUCUGACGAGGGGAGAGUUUUAUUGGUUACGGGAUUGACCGUUCACUGGCCCAGUUUUCUUUUCUUUCCUUUACAUUUCGACGAGGGGUGAAAUGUCUUCGUCGUACAGUUCGGAAGAGACGUCUUCGGACAGAAAUGUCGAGAUUUGGAAGAUCAAGAAGCUCAUCAAGAGUCUCGAAAUGGCUCGAGGGAACGGCACUAGCAUGAUAUCCCUGAUUAUACCGCCGAAAGAUCAGAUAUCGAGAGUGAGCAAAAUGCUCGCAGACGAGUUCGGCACAGCGUCCAACAUCAAAUCCAGAGUGAACAGGCUUUCCGUUCUGGGUGCCAUCACUUCAGUACAACACAGACUGAAACUCUACACUAAAGUACCACCAAAUGGCCUUGUGAUUUAUUGUGGAACGAUAGUAACUGAAGAAGGAAAAGAAAAGAAAGUCAAUAUAGAUUUUGAACCAUUCAAACCCAUAAAUACCUCUUUAUAUCUUUGCGACAAUAAGUUUCAUACAGAAGCGUUGACGGCGCUUCUGGCCGAUGACAACAAAUUUGGCUUCAUCGUUAUGGAUGGUAACGGUGCCCUUUUUGGCACUCUACAAGGCAACACAAGGGAAGUCCUGCACAAAUUCACUGUUGAUCUGCCCAAAAAGCACGGUCGUGGUGGUCAGUCUGCUCUACGUUUUGCCCGUUUGAGGAUGGAAAAGCGGCACAACUAUGUAAGAAAAGUCGCCGAAGUGGCGACGACCCUUUUCAUCACAAACGACAAACCCAACAUCGCUGGUCUUAUUCUUGCUGGUAGUGCAGAUUUCAAGACAGAGCUCAGUCAGUCUGACAUGUUUGACCCUCGGUUACAAGCGAAAAUCAUCAAGCUUGUCGAUGUAUCGUACGGCGGUGAAAACGGCUUUAACCAGGCAAUCGAGCUUGCAGCGGAAUCUCUGCAGAAUGUCAAGUUCAUCCAGGAGAAGAAGUUGAUUGGUCGCUACUUUGACGAGAUCAGUCAAGAUACGGGCAAAUAUUGCUUCGGGGUGGAAGAUACCUUGAGAGCACUCGAGCUCGGCUCAGUCGAAACUCUGAUCUGCUGGGAGAACCUGGACAUCCAGAGGUAUGUCCUCAAAAAUCACUCCAAUGCUGAAGAGAAAGUCCUGCACCUGACGCCAGAGCAGGAAAAGGACAAGACACACUUCACUGACAAAGAAAGUGGGGUUGAACUCGAGUUAGUUGAAAGCCAGCCUCUUCUUGAAUGGCUUGCGAACAACUACAAGAGCUUUGGAGCAACUCUAGAAAUCAUCACGGAUAAAUCUCAAGAAGGUUCACAGUUCGUCAGGGGAUUUGGUGGCAUUGGAGGAAUCCUCCGCUACAAAGUUGACUUCCAGUCUCUUCAAGCCGAGGAGCCACUUGAUGACCUCGACUUAGAUGAUUAUUAAAAUGACUUAAAAAAAGAAAAGAUAAUUGCAGGUCUGCUUCGGUACAAGGUUGAUUUCCAAAGUAUGCAGUGCGAUGAGAUUGACAACGAUAUUUACGACCUCGACGACUACUAACCAAAAACAAUAUCACUAAACUGAAAACAUAUGUAAGCAAAAACAAAAGAGCCUUAGAAUUGUGUGAAUUAUCA